AUGUCUUCGCCGACUUCAGUAAACACCACGGACGUUGGCGGGAGAGUAUACAAACGUCGACCUGGCGCGUGCGAGACUUGCAAAGUACGAAAGCGAAAAUGCGAUGGUGGCAGGCCGAGCUGUGAUAAGUGCCUCUCAUCCGCCUCCUUCUGCUUCUAUGUCACACCGAAAAAGAGAGGAAGAUCCAGCCAAAACAGUAGGGAGAUCCAAACAGACUGCGUUGAUUGCCAUACAGCAACUAAGCACAACCUCUCAGGCUUGAACGCAACAACCAGACAGAGUGCUUCAUUCGAAGACUUCAGCUAUGCGUCACAGCAGUCCACAUCACCCCCAUCACCAACAGACCACUUACGCUACUUUGGGCCAUCAUCAACUCAGUCGUCACUCUCUGGAGUGAACAGACUCUUGGAUCUUGGGCAAUUCCCGACCGCUAUGACAACUGAAUCCCUCGAAGAACACUGGGGACCGUUGUCAAGUGGUCUAUUGAACUCGCCUGAAGCUCUAGGAACACAAAGCACGGAGAUCAUCGCCAGUCCAGUCUCUUCGGCAUUGGAGUAUUGUUGGAGCACACAGCUUUUGUCCAAUGGACAUAGCGUUUCUGGUCCACAGGAUUUUGACGGUCUGGUAACAGCCGGCUGGAAUCUUUCAAAUCUGCAGACAGCCAACGACGAGAGCACUGUCGACCAUCCUGUUCGUGUAACCUCUGCGUACUCAACAACCGAUAUGGUGAAGCUCCUCAUAGGACGGGAUCGGAGUUCUUGCAAUUCUAAACAGUUCGGACAGAACCUCAUGGAUCUUGUAGACGAAUCUACCACCUGCUGUUACAGCCCGAAGCUUCCGGAGAACACUUAUCAAAGGGUUCAGCCCAGCCUUGAAACACUAGUUGAGUUUCUUCAUGCUUUCACCGCAUCUGAACCAUAUCUUGGGUCGAGAUACAUAGGAGAGACUGAGAUUUCACGACUCUUCGAAGAUGUGGCGCUUAUUACACUUCACGCGUUCUGGCUGCUGUACACCAUCGAAAAGCCGUAUCGAUUGCGAAACGGACAAGCUUCGGCUUUGAAUGAUGCCUACAUCGACCACGAGCCGAUGUCUUCCGGGAUCGAAGCUAGAAAGCCGUUGAUGCAAACCUUUGGGGUUCAUUACCGUCUAGCUCAAUGUUGUGCCAGGAUAGCAAGCGACUUUGACAGUCAGGAAGCUCUUUCACAGUCUAUGGUCUUCACAUCAGAGAAUCUAGACAACUGGUUGGAACAGCUUCAACAGUUGAAAGUUGACGUCUUCACGACACGGCAUCAGCCCGCAUCAGCCAUGACGUGGGAUCCGAGAAUCGCCUCACCGAAUAGUCCGUGUAUGACACCUUCAGAGGGGGAUAUCUCAGCAAGCCUACUCUACUUCGAGCUAGUGUUGUGCGUCUGUGGACGUUUUUCAGCUAGUUCUUUGGGUGACUCAAGCACUGAUAAGAUUGAACAAAGGGUUCUUGAGUCUGCUAUUGAUAUCUUGAAAUUACUCGUCGAGGUCGAUCCCACCAAGGCGGGUACAGAUCAGAAUUCGGUGCGCAUUGCCGUCAGUUCGUUCUGCCUCGUUGCGACUUUCAUCUCAAGGGCGAAUGAGCGAGCCACGAUCUUCAGAUAUCUGGUUUCAACGCUCGGUUUCUUCGCUCGGAUGACAAUCAAUUCACCACUCAUGACUCUGGGGAAAUUCAGCUCCGUGGUGGACUCAGUGCAAAAGGUACUCAAGAAUGAUGGUUGA